CCUUAAGGUAGAAACGUUUAUUCAAAGACAUUUCCGCCUGAAUAUCAGAUCUUUUAAUUGAAUAUUUCCAGUUCCAUCGGUGUACCAAUCGUCUGAUGAAGAAACUUCAAAACUGCUUGUAACGGGCAUACCAGAAAAUGUCACAGAGGAAAUAAUGGUAAUGUUUUUCGAAAACGAAAAAAGACAAGGAGGUGGUAACGUGAACAAUGUUAUCAUUGACAGAGAAAAACGAAGUGCUGUUGUUGAGUUUGAAGAGGGAAAAGCUCUGGAUAAGGUGCUUCAGAAAAGGCCAAUUGUCAUAAUGGGAACGGAGAUAAACGUUGAAGUAUUUGAUGACAAGUGUCCUAAGACAACGCAAAACACCAGGAUUGUAGUAUCAGGUUUGCCAAGGGACAUGUCGGUAGAGUUUCUGGCAUUAUUUUUUGAAAAUGAGAAGAGGUUUGGUGGUGGUCCAGUGAAAAACGUGGUGAUCGAUGAAGGUACGAACAGUGCAACAGUCGAAUUUGAAGAACCUAAAGCUGUGACAAAUGUACUGCAGAAACGGCCAGUUAUUGUUCAAGGCACUGAAGUACAAAUUUCUACAUCUGUCAAGGAACCAGAGAGGAGUGAAUCUACUAACGAAACACAAUUAAAAGUGUCCGGAUUGCCAGAAAACAUUUCAAAAGAGUACCUGAUUAUGUUCUUCGAAAAUGAACAAAGACAAGGGGGUGGAAAUGUGAAAUCAGUUGAAGUAAAUGAAGACAAACACACAGCCAUUAUUGCAUUUGAAGAAGAGAAAGCUGUUGAAACCGUACUACAGAAAAGGCCCAUUGUGAUCAAGAAUAACGAAGUAGUCGUUAAUGCAAUUUGUAAGGAUAUAACAGCUAUGCCCAAAGAAUGUUCAAAAAUAAAGGUUUCAUGCUUGCCACUGGAUGUAACAGAAGAAUACCUUAUCAUGUUCUUUGAGAAUGAAAGAAGAUAUGGUGGUGGACAUGUAAAACAUACUGAAAUCGACCAAAUUAAUCACACUGCAGUUAUUGAGUUUGAAGCGCAAGCAGCUGUAUACAGAGUACUUGAGAAAAGACCUAUUGUGUUGUUAGGGCAGAAAGUAACCGUAGACAUUUUUGACGAAGUUAAAGAACCUACUAUGAUGCUGGUUGGCGAAUUACCGGAUGAUGCUACGGACGAUUUCUUGGUCAUGUUUUUCGAAAAUGAGAGACGGCAAGGGGGUGGCAAGGUGAAAACAGUAGAAAUUAAUUUCAGCAAAAGUCACGCUAUCAUUGAAUUUGAUACGUCUGAUUCUUUGAAGAAAGUUCUUGAAAAACGACCAAUAUUGAUAUCGGGGAAGAAAUGUGAGAUAUCUGUCUUUAACGGAAGUGAUACUAUCGAAGUAAGAGGUGUCGACAAAUCAACAGAAAAACAAUUAUUACAAUACUUUGAAAAUACAUCAUUGUCCGGGGGAGAGACAGUUCAAUACAUUCGUGUAGACAAAGAUAAAAGAGUUACUUUUGUUUCCUUCCUGAGGCCCGAAGUGGUGAAACGUGUUUGCGAGCGGAGAAAUCACAACCUGAAUCAACGUGCGCUGAUUGUUAAUACUUACAUAUCGACCAGUAAAUCCGACGAAUUUAAACAACCAUCCGAAAAAGAAAUUAUUUACUCUCGUGAUCAAGCACAAGGUUCACUAAACUCUUUUUCUGAUGAAAAUACACAAAUCCAAUCUGAACGGAAGUUGACAGAAGACAAAUUACAAGAGCACGAUGGUCCAGAUACAACAGAUUGUUUGAGAUUGAAACAAGUACUAGAAAAACUUGGACUAGCAGAUAAAUAUCCUAGCAAAAUAUCGAUAAGGGAUGUAAUAGCUGUUGAUCCAGAGGAAGCAAACGAUCAAGAAAAGCAAGUACAUUUAUCAGACAUUCCAAAAAUAAUACUUAGGAGACUGAUAUCUGCACACAGCGAUGCAAGAGACAUAACAACCACAAACGGCACUCACAUUGGGAACGAAAAUGACUUUGCUGGUACAGUGUCCUUCCUUAGUGCGGUACCAGACGAAAGCGAGGAUUUAAGUCCUAUUGAUAUUUUUUCUGUUGUUUUUCAAUGCUGUGAUCCUUUUAUGAAGCAAGUAUUUUUCCAGAAAUUAUAUCUCUGUAAAAUGGCCGUACCAUUUUUAUAUCAAAGCUGGGCCACAGAAGUAAAAACACCAGUGGUAUCUGUCUGGCCUCUCCGCUAUCUCGCAAUUGAGAAUAAAAUGAAAUCCUCCGUAAGCCAGUUUAGUAGUAAAGAGGUAGAUAUGCUAGAGCUAUCGUCCAAAGUUUUAGCUUUUGCACGCUUUGGUCGCCCCCGCUGUUCAAAAUCAAAAUUUUUAAAUAGUUUACUAUCAAGCAAUGGUUGCAAAACUUUUUUUAACAUUGACUGUCCUUCUGGAAUGACGCCAAGAUACAUUAGUAAUGGACAAAUUGAAAUGUUUUGGUUACCGACGAUUGGGGAUAAAAACGACAAAUUCCAAGAUGCAGUGACAUUUCUUAACAUGCGCGGGGACUUAAAUAAACAUUAUGCUUCCAAUGUCUGUGAUUUUACGGCGAAAUUAGCAGAUGCAGUGGCAAUAGUAAUUGAUCUGUACUCUAUUCGAAAAGAAAAAGAUGUGAUAAAACAUUAUUUAAUACAGUUUGCAUCCGUCAUACUGAUAAUUGCAAAUCCUCUUAAUCAAGAAGACGUAUUAAUAGUUCAGGACUUUGAAAGAAAUGUCAAAGCGUCAAGAAAUGACAUCAGUCUUCGAGUUCUGAGUACACACAGGGGUACAAUCGAGCAGAAUGUGGUUGACAUGGUUUCAAUGCUCUCUAAACAUAUCAUCAGUCAACUGAAAUCAAGCACAUGUAGAUCACUUCAGCAACGUUUAUCAGAAGCAUUGAAAGACAGUGUAAGUGUUAGAACUGACGAAGAAGAAGCAGACUGUCAGUACGGGAAAAAUGAAGCAGAAACAUUGAUGAAACGAAUGAAAAUGGACGGCGAACCACGGGUCUGGAAGCAAGUUCUUACCCCUGUACACUGUAAAUAUUCCAAAGAAUUAGGUCAGUUGAAGAAGAAACGUGAGAGGGAAAAAGGUCUCGCUGAAGGGGAAAAUAUAGAACGCAAAAUGAGGGAUAUCAGAAAAAUACAAACAAAGUCAAUUACUAACACAGUAAAAUAUUUCAUAAAUAUUCUCACAAAUGACCCUGAAUCAUGUAUUAAGCUCAAAUUAGUUUUAGGAUGGUUGCAUUUCUUUAUUGAAAGGGAGAAAAGAAAAAUAUUACCGCAGCUGAUGUAUAAGAAUCGUCGUGCUUGGGAACAACUUGAAGCUUUAAAGAGUAGCAAAGAAACAGAAGCAGCAGAUGACGUUGAAAAACAAGAAAACCUCAUAACAGACUUAGAAGGAGCAAUUGAUGACGCUUCUUUCUCAGUAGAACACUUUUUUCGUGAAAUAGGACACAUAUAUGAGGCUGUUCUGGAAUUAGAAAUUAAUGCUUCUGAUGUUGGGUUGCCAGAAAUAGACAAAAUAGCAUAUGUAGUUGGUCGACUCGUAGCAGAUGGUCAUCAGCUGCAACUUAUUGAUGGAGAAAGCUUUUACAUGCCAUUUCGAUGGACGCAAAAAGUAUUGCAGCAUGUGAAUGAGGUUAUUAAAUCUGGAAAAGUAAUGACACUGAGUGUUCUUGGUGUACAAAGUUCUGGAAAGUCGACAUUGUUGAAUACAAUGUUUGGUUCCCAAUUUUCUACACGAACUGGCCGAUGCACAAGAGGAAUUCAUGUACAGCUUGUUCCGGCAAUCACAGGAAAAUAUAGUUCUGCUGCCACCCCAUUUGAUUAUGUGCUUGUUGUUGAUACAGAAGGACUAUUACCUGAGUUAAGUCACAUCCAACAUGAACACGACAAUGAAUUGGCUACAGUAAUUACUGGCCUUGGCGACAUUACAAUGCUGAAUAUCAUGGGUGAAAAUACAAGUGAAAUAAGAGAUAUAUUACAAGUUAUAGUUCAUGCCUUUCUUAGGCUAAAAAUGACGAAUCGAAAUCUCGAUAUCAGAAAGAGUUGCACACUAAUUCAUCAAAAUGUGACUGAUACAUCUGCUUCUGAAAAUAGGAUAUGCGUCUUACGUAAGAUAAUGCAAACACUAGAUGCAAUGACGGAAGAAUCAGCUAAAAGUGAGGGUAUUCUUGACAUUACUACUUUUAAUCAAGUAAUUGAAUUUGACAUUAAUACUCAAGUUUGGUAUCUUAAAAGUCUUUGGCAAGGUAAUCCGCCGAUGGCAAGAGUAAACACUGAAUAUAGUGAGCGGGUAGUCGAUAUGAAAUGCAGAAUCCUCCAAAAAGCUUUAAAUAUGGAAAAUAAGUCAUACAAAUCUAUAACUGAUAUCCUUGAACAAGCACAUAACCUUUGGAAGGGAGUUUUGAAUGAGGAUUUUGUAUUCUCAUUCAGAAAUAGUUUAGAAAUAAGAGCCUACAUGGAGAUGGAAAAGUUUGUUCAGAAUCAUCUCUGGCAGUUAGAAAGUUUCAUACGUGAAAAACUGAUUGAAAAGUCACAAAGCAAGUUUUCAGACUGCGAUCAAAAAGACAAACUGCGAAAUAUUGCAGAUGAUAUUAUUACCGAUUUGAAAGACUUAUUGUCUGAUGAGAAAAUAAGAAAGGAAAAGGACAUCAUUACAUACUUUGAAGUAGAUAAAUAUAAAGAUAUAAUAAUUCAAUGGAAAACCACACAACAAUGUCGAUUAGACACAUUAUGCAGUAAGCUGGAAAGAACAAUUAAAGACCAAGUAGAAAGAAUAUGCAUUAAAAGAUCUGUUGAAAUACUAACAGUAUCAAGUCAUAAAAAACAUGAAGAAGAACUUCGAAUAAAGUCAAUGGAGGUAGCAAAUAGAUAUAAAGGAACAAAACUAACCCAAGCACAGAAAGACGAGCUUUUCGCUGAAAUUUGGAACUCCUUCAUCAAUAAGGUAGAUACCAAUGGCAGUUCCACAGAUGCAAAGAGGAAGUCAAUGAAAAUUAUAUUCAUCGACUGCCUGAAACAUUUGUUUCAAAAGAACAGUGCAGUCCUUAAGGCAAGUUUACAAACUAGCUUACAGCUGACGCCAUUGCAAAACUUAGACAAGUUGGCAGGCUCAUUUGGAAAGACGGGAGUUGAUGAGAAUGAUAUAAGUUUGUCAGUGUUACAAAAUGUACGUAUUUUGUUCAAGAUGACUGAUGUUAUGGCACAUAUCAACACUAGGGUAAACCAAAUAUUUACAAAUUUUGACGAAAAAAUCAAACAAAUAUGUCAGGUCAAUGAUGAAAUUACAGAGAUGAAUGUGAAUGAGUUAUUUCAUGAUCUUCACAAGAGCAUACAUGAUAUAUUGACUGACAAGAGAAAAUACGAUUUCAAACCAACAUUUAAAGUUAAAAUAUACAUACAUGUAAGUAGAUAUGCACAUCCUAUAUUUGAAAAGCAUAAUGAAGAUUACUUCAAAACCCAAGGUGUUGCUGUUCGUCUUGAGCAAUACAAAGAACAGCAAAAAAUAAGAUUUGAAGCAUAUUUAAGUAAUCGUGCCUUAGAAGAUAUCGUGGCACAUCAGCAAUGUCAUUAAGGUGUUUGCAUAUGAAUGGACUUUCGAAAAUUUACCAAAUAAAGUGACUGAUGACUUGCAUAGUUAUCUGCCUUCUGUUAAGAAUAGGGUAAUCAUUGAAAUAUGCAAUACCCUAAUGGUAUAUGACAAUUUCAAAGAAUUUCUUUUGCAUUUGCUUUCACCAAAUAAUUACGCUUGUCAUUGGAUAGACGAAAGAGCGACUAGUCGCCUUUUUGAUAAAGAAUCAGAUGCAUAUUUUCAAAUUGCUAAAACUUCAGUUAUUGGUGUUUUUAGGAAGGCCGAGAAUUGCUUAGGAAAACUGAAGGACAAAUUUUGUGAUAAACGGUCUCCAACUAUAGACGAAUGACUCAAUGAAUUUAUUUUUCUAUCAAAAGCUGGAGAUUGACAACUAUCAAUACCAGUGGAAAGUUUUGGAAACGUAAGAAAAGAAGUAAAUGUUAUUGAAAAUAUAGAAUAUCUUACAGAUGUUAUAAUAGCAAAUAUGUUAGAAUCAAAAGAAAAAGUUAUCAACGAGUUUAGGACGCAUAAAAAAGACGAUGUGAUGUGGGCUACUACUAACCCAAUACAAAGAAUUUCAAAAGAAAAUCUGGGGUUGUCCUGCACAAUGUCCAUUUUGUGGAGAACUAUGUGCUAAGAAUGAAGAUCAUAAAGGCGAUGAACACUACAGCAUACAACAUAGGCCGUCUUGUUGCCGGGGUAUAAGGAUUGUAUCAACGCAAAAGGCAUGCAUAGAAACAUGUGGUUUUGAUAUUAAUGAGCCAUGUCAAGCAAACACACAUUCUUAUAGACGGUACAAACAAUAUUUCCCAAACUGGGAUAUUCCUUAAAGUUCUAACAUGGAAGAUUCUUCAAAAUUUUAGAUGCGGUUUGUUGCAACAUAUUCAACAAAGCUGUGUGAUACUUAGGAAUACAAACUCGAUCAUUUGCCAUCGUCUUAGAAAAUCACAAAGGAGCAAGCCAAGGAGAGUCUGACAAAGACAUAUUCCGCCUAAAAACGAUUUUAUCUUGCCGACUACCUUUUACAUCCUCGCUGUACUGAUUGAUAAAUUUUUAUAUUAAUAAAGCUACUAACAGUUACAACACAGACUGGAAUCCUGAAAUCUCUGGUUUUCAUGCUUUGAUUAUAGUUGAUUAACACCAGCCAUAAAAUACAAAAUGAACUGUAUUUGGACAGAAUUACAAAACACAGAAGCUCAUUUAUACAGGUUAUGAACACGUUUUGAAAAACUUUUACGUUCCAUCCUUUCGAAAAAAUCAUCAGAUUAUGGCGAUGUCAGAAAUGUCUUAAAACUUCGUCUUUAGUCCCGUUUCCUGUUAAUUCCUUUAUCUUGCAGGUAGAUUAAAUGAUCCUACAACAAACUGCUGUCUUACAAAUGUGUUAAUUCCUUUAUUUUUCAAUUAUUUAACUGUUUCACUAAAACAACAUUUCAACCUGUCAAUUGCGGCCGUACAGAGUUACUGUUCUUCUAUAUAAUUUCCACUAACUUCACGAACCUAAAUUUGAUAGGAAAAAUGAGAGCGGCAAGAAAACACUAAAUAUUUUUAUCUCGGAAAUGAUAUAUAUAGCUUGGUCUUAUAAUCUGACUUGUUAUACCCAUUAUGGGAUCUGGUCAGUUCAAGAAAGGAACC